UCUAAUCUGCCAGAUAAAAGGAGAAAUCGAAAACGUCAACAAGCGAAAAGACGUUCGAUGUUUAUUCUCUUGUUACCGCGGCUAUGGUUCGCAUAUGUUGUGUCCUGGGCUGCACCAACAAGUCACACGACAGCCGCGGGAGGAAACUCGACAACGGGUUGAGAUUUUUCACCUUCCCGACCUGGAAGAAAAGCUACGGGCCGCAAAUCAAAGAGAUCUCCAAGAGGCGACGGUCGGCUUGGGUCGCCGCUGUCCGACGCAAAGACAUCACAUUUGACAAGAUAACUCCGUUCAUGUUCGUCUGCUGUCGGCAUUUCCAUAAAGUGAUGUUAGUGUUGACACUUAUAAAUCAAAUCUGCACAGAUUGAAGCAUUCGGAUCAGUAUUGAGAAGUGAACAGGCACCUCAUCAUGCCGAAGACCCGACGUACCGCCUACAUCGCGGCCUUCAAGCUGCAGGCGAUCGACCUGGCAAUCAAAAAGGGUAAUCGAUCCGCUGCUCACGAGCUUGGAGUUAACGAAUCCAUGAUACGACGUUGGAGGAAGCAGCAUGGAGAACUUUCUCGCUGCAAGAAGACGACAAAAGCCUUCAGAGGCAAGAAGUGCAGAAAGCCGGCGUACGAAAUGAUGGAGAACGACCCAGACUGGGCGCCGUCCUUGCAUAUGGGCCACACAGAAAACGAACACGGCAACUCCCUGCGCUCAGACAAAAGAAAGAAGUCGGUUCUACGGAUCCAGGAGGCGGCCGAGUCAGCAGAAGAGGAGCCGGCGCGAUGCGAGGAAGCGCUAACGUUGAACAUCAAACAAGAAAAGGAGGAGGAAUUAGUCAAAUGGGAGCGCACGGAAUGCUGUGGAAUCGGAACAAAGAAAGUCAAUCAGGAAGAAAUGCUGAUCGAAGCGGUCAAACGGGAAGCGGGGCAGACAGAAUGCAACUUCUGCAUCCAAAGGUCCGCAGAAGUAAGCCGCCUGGUGGAGGAGAACAGACGACUCAGGCACGAGCUGGACGCCUUCAAGAUCCCGGAUGGCUUUUUCCAGGACGAUGACAACAAAGUGGAAUUUUACACCGGUUUGCCAAACGUGGCCUCUUUCAUGACCUUUUUCAGUUUUUUAUUACCGUUCAUGCCAGCCCGCCACAGCAGACUGAGUCCUUUUCAAGUCCUCCUGUUGACUUUCAUGCGCCUCCGGCUGGAUUUACCCACGCAGCACCUCGCUCACAUUUUCAGCAUCACCACAAGCACAGUGGAAACGACGUUUCGAGAAACGGUUUCGUUUCUGUACGCAAAGCUGAAGCCUUCCAUUACGUGGCCCAGCAGAAAUACUCUGCAAAGGACGAUGCCGCGACGGUUUGUCGAGGCCUUCGGUGGCAAAGCCGUCGCCAUCGUGGACUGUUUUAAAUUGCAGCUGUCGCAUGAUGACAAAUUAGACCAAAGCAAUUCUGCCGUUCAAUAUUUAAUUGCUGUCACACCGGGUGGAUUUGUUGGUUUUGUAUCAAAAGGGUGUGACGAAUUUAUAGCUGCCAAAAACGUGUUGGAGAAAAGCGGCUUCUUAAAUAGCUUGUUGCCAGGCGAUGUCGUCUUGGCAAACAGUUUUGACAAAAGCGGCGACUUGUUUUGCGCUGAGGUGGACGGGCCGACCUGCGUCCGAGCCAACUGUCUUCUUGCUGAGAACGUGAUGGCACACGUUGAAACCGGCGUGGGAAAUAUGCGCCGCAAGUAUCAAAUUUUCAAAGCGGCCGUGCCCGUGGACAUGACGCUAGCGUGUGACGGUGAAGAAGUCACGUUGUUGGAUAAAAUGGUCACCGUCUGUUAUGCGUUAGAAAACCCUUGUCCAAGUACAAUUUAACACCGCCAUUUUGAUUACCAAAAUAAAGAUGGGUAACAAACUUUCAGGAUAAUUUACUGGAUUGCAAUAUUGACAAUAAUUUACAUACCAGAUCAUACACAAAGCGAACACCUGCCAUUUGCGAGGAAUAGCCACAAACAAAAACAAAAAAAUCCACAUAUGUCAAUUUUCACUAUUUUUGCUGGAUUCAAUCCUUCAUCACAAAAAGUGGGUGUUCGGUGUACAUUAGUAUAUUUAAUCAAACAUCCAUACGGAACUCUAGUGAUGCGGGGUGAUCGCAAAACUGGAGAUAGCUCUGAAUGGAACGAGCUAAGCCCAGCAAACCUAUGACCACCGAGGCAGAGGUACCAAGAGCCCUCCUCAUGGUGAUUCUACAAAGAUGCUGAAGGCUCAGCGGAUUUCCUGCAGCCAAACAAAGAUAGCAUGUAUUGAUGACUUGUUAUUUUUAAGCAGACGGUGGCGACGUACUUUCGUAAAACCUGAGACGGGCAUAGGACGGCGACGCAGGUGUCGAGUAGUCGCCGGGUUUACGUCCGUAGUUGUCGAGAGAGUACGCGUUGGCUCCGAACUCCACCAGCAGCUCCAACACAUCCGGCGUGUCCAGUCGAGCAGCGUGGUGCAAGGCUGUCUCGUGGAACUUGCUCGAAUUCACGUCGGCACCUGCGGGAAUUGAUUUUUGACUUGAUUUUGUAUCCGCUGUAGAUAUAUUGUCUUACCUGCGAGCAGAAGCUCCUUGACACAUUCCACACGUGCUUUUGCACACGCAAUGUGCAGCGGUGGGCCAAAAUGGACAUCAUACGCCUCCAGUUGGGCACCACUAGCAAUCAGCAGCCUCACUAUCUCAGGAUUUCCUGAGAAGAAAAGGAAGUGUUAUAUUAAAUUGACAUCAAACGGGAGUCAACGUGACGCGCCUUGGAUGCAAGCCUCGUGGAGGGGGGAUGCUGUCAAAGCGGUGAGUGAUGGGUUGAUUUGGGCUCCGUAUCGCAAAAGGAGCUUGACGCACUCCAAACUACCGGAAGAGCAGGCGUGGCAAAGGGGAGUGCUGCCAUGGAUAUUCCGCACAUCCACCUUAAAGAAAAAACCGCUUAGUCCUCACUAGUGAUUAAAUCGAAUGCACGAGCAUAACCUGGGCUCCAGCUUCCAGGAGCAGGCGGGCACAAUGCGGGUGAGCUUGGAGACAAGCUUCGUGGAGCGGGGUGAUGUUGUCCACGGUCACUAUGUUGACUGACGCUUCACUCUCUAUCAGCCGUAUCAGCUGUAAAGCCCUGCCCUGAGAUGCGGCUUCGUGGAGGGCAGUCCGGUCCGCCCACACACCUUGUUCAAAAUAAAAAUGCCACAAAAUAAAGAUAAGAAGAAGGAAAUAAUUGUUUGUGUUGCACUGUGCAGAAAACUAUCGUGACAUGCUCGUCAACUUGUUUACCACAUUUCUUAUCAUAAAUGGACAAAUUAAGGUGAGGGCACACUGAGGAGAUUAAACUUGUUAAAAAUAACAAUUGAAAAUGCAAUUAAGUCAAAGUUAAGUGAAAAAUAUUAACUCAAAUCCUGCAAAGAUGAACUUCGUGCCGGUGUCACCGCCAUGUUGUUUACCAUCUGCAAGCGAGUGGCGCAAUGAAUUAUGGGACUUGAAGUCUUACAUAGGGGAUAUGUUAAUUAAGUGCAAAGGUUAAAUUCCUCUGUCAAAUCAAAUUAUAAUCCAUUAAAAGCAUUCGCAGCUCUGAUUUCCAUGCUUAUUCAACGCAGAUGGGAGGGGAAAAAAAAAAUCCAGGCUAUUUUUGCCAAACUUUUUUUUUAACUUUGCGGUACAGAAAUCAGUGGAGCCCAAGUUGCUCGUUUUGUUGUUGUUACAAACAGAAGAUGACGCAUUACAGAUUUCUCAAUUCAAACACUGCCGCAGUA